UUCUUUGAUUCAACCUCAACUGGGAGAAUCCUGAAUCGGGCAUCUGAAGACCAAAUUGUGCUUGACAAGGAAAUGGCAGGCAGAUUAGGUUGGUGUGUUUUCACAUGUAUACAGGUUCUAGGGACUAUUAUCGUCAUGUCACAGGUAGCAUGGCAAGUAUUUGUAAUCUUCAUUCCAGUGACUGCAAUCUGCAUAUGGUACCAACAAUACUAUACAUCAACUGCAAAAGAAUUGGCCCGGUUAACUGGGAUUCAAACAGCUCCAAUUCUCCACCAUUUUGUGGAUCUGCAACAAUCCGUGCCUUCAACCAAGAAAACCGCUUUAUUGAGACAAAUCUCAUCCUCAUUGACAAGUACUCAAGGCCAUGGUUUCAUAACAUGUCGGCAACGGAGUGGAUUUCUUUUAGAUUGCACAUACUGUCCAAUUUUGUGUUUGCAUUCUCAGUGGUUUUGCUCGUGAGCCUCCCUCAUGGAAUUAUUAACCCAAGUGAGAAUCAUGAGCAUGCAUUUUCACAAGAUGCUUAUCAGCAGGUAGACCGUAAAGAUGGUCCACAAAUGGCACACCAGUGAACAUCGAAAAUAUGUAGGGCUUUCACAUUUCAUCCAUCAAUUGUCCCCCCCCCAAAAAAAAAAAA